ACCUGAUUGGCCAGGACGCGCGCCCGGGCCACGCCCCUCCCGAGGACCCCCCCCCCUCUCCUCCCCUCUCUCCCGCCCGACGGGCGUCUCCCGCCGCUGGACGGAACCGCUACAGCCUGCCUGCCCCUCUCCUCCUCCGGUGGGGCGACGGGGCCGAGAUGGGCCGAGACCCCAAGUGACCCCGUGGGCAAGGAGAACGGACCAUGGCCACCUUCCUGGCGGCCCAGAAGGCCCAUUCGCUGCUCCGGCGCCGCCUGCCCCGAGCCAAUGCGUUCCUGGAGGAGUUCCGGCAGGGCACCCUGGAGCGUGAGUGCCUGGAGGAGAUUUGCAGCUUCGAGGAGGUCAAGGAAGUGUUUGAGAACAAGGAGAAGACGAUGGAGUUCUGGCGUGGCUACGCUUUCUCGGUCAAGGAUCCUGGCAGCAGUGAGGGCUCCGGCCGCUCGGACGCCAUGUACGUGGCGGUGCCCCUGCUGGGGGUGGCCCUCCUCAUUGUCAUCGGCCUCUUCAUCAUCUGGCGCUGCCAGUUGCAGAAGGCCACACGCCACCGGCCCUCCUAUGCCCAGAGCCGCUACCUCGCCAGCCGCGGGGGGAGGGGGCUGCCCCGUGUGAUGGUCUACCGCGAGGCCUCCCAGCAUGGCCACGGCGAGGCCCACGGGGCUCGGGAGCAUAGGGACGCUGGUGUCACCAGCACUGGUAGCCGAGGGGGGCCUGGUGAAGGCCGGUGGGGGCAGAGGGCCCCCGGCCCCUCGGACAGCUCCCUGCGGCCCCCCUCUCUCCCUGCCCCAACUCGACUGUCCAGUGCCACCCCUCCCCCAUCCUACGAAGAGGUGACCGGACAGCCAGUGGUCAGCAGCGGGGGCAGCGGGAGCAGCAGCGCUUGCGAAGAGCCCAGCCUCUCUUACAGUGACCCACCCCCCAAAUACGAGGAGAUCGUCGUUGCUGUUGCUGCUGCAAAGUAGCUGUGUGGACGAGCUAUCAGGACUCACCAGCCAGUGCCCCCACGGAGCAGCCUUAUUGCCUCCUUCGCCAGGAACCCACUGAUACCCGGCCCCCUUUGCUUGUGGGACAGCACUGAACACAAGAGAGGACUGAGAUGUGCAUUCUGCACCUCCAGGCGUCAAGCAGAGGACCCUGAGUUGCGAGACAGUGGCUUCUCAGGAGGCAGCAGUCUCUCUCUCUCUCUCUCUCUCUCUCUCUCUGCGGGGCUUGAGAGGAGGCUACCUCCAGGACCAGGCCUUCCAGCCAUCAGACUUGCAUACAGAUAGGGCUUCUCAUCAUGAGGGCCAAGGGACAGUGCAGGAGGUCUGUCCUGUUCUCCACUUUGCAUUUGAGAGGCAGGAGGAGGGUUUGUUGGUCCUGGCAAGUGUGAGUCCGUCCUGGGGAGGCUGAGGACUGCUCCUUCUCCACUACCUUUGCCUCCUCAUCCUUCACUCUACACUUCCCUUGGCCUGCUGCUCAUAUCCCUUCCCCUGGGUUGCUUUGUCUCCUUCCCUCCCUCCCCAGGGAUGUCCUUCUGCCUCCCCCUCAGCACCACUCAACCUCCCCAUCCAAAGAAGGCCCUCUCCCUCCCUCCGUUUGUCAUUAUCUAUAUGGCAAGGCUCCCCCACUCAGAAAAAGGCUGCUUACAGACACAUCCCUGGUCUUGCCUGCACAUUACCAAGGCCGCUCUGGGCUCCUCCUCCACCAAACCCCCUCCUCCCCAAGGGCCCCCAAGGCAAUGGAGCUGGACCAGGUUACGACCUGGCCCUGGACCCCAUGUGUCCCCACCUUCCACACACACACACACACACACACACACACAGACAUACGCAGAUGCUGUCACACAGAGACACCUCCUUUUCAAGGGUGCUAAGCCAGAUAAUAUCUGUGGUCUCUUGUUGUGUGCUGCUUUGUUGUAUUUAUACAUUUUGUUUAAACCAAGAGAAAUUGUGAUUUCAAAUGGGAGCCGGGUGGGUUAUUCCUUGCAUGGGCCAGAGACGUGGUGCUGAGAGCAAGUGGUGCAACUGGGGGUGGAGGGGUGGGGAGGAGGUGUUAUUUUCUCCACCAACACGUGCUAACUCACAGAUUGCCCCUUUGCCAUUGAGAAGACCCCACAGAUCUCUCUCUCUGGGGAGACAGUCUCCCCUUUCAAUGUGCUGCUUGUCUGCCAAAUUGGGGAGUGGGUUCAUUCUGUGUUGGGGUGCUACUUUCACACGCCGUUUGUCCUCCCUUGGGGUCAGAUGGGCAAACCCAAAGCUGGGCUAGGAUGUGGGGCUUCUUGACAUCUGCGGCCAAUUUCAAAACAAAAUAUGGAACCGGUUUGCACAGUUGG